CAGCAGAAUCAACAGACACUGCCCCAGAAGGUCGUGUGUUUAAUUCAGCAAUUUUCUCUAUGUUUUCUAGAUUUUCUGAUUGGUCCAUAAGAUAAAAUACGAUAUCACCUACUGUUAAUAUCCAUUAUUAACAGCAACACUUUCAAACCAGUAUGGCUUCACCGUCUCAAGGUAGCCCAGCUACGACAGGAACGACAAACGCUAUCGGCGGUACAGGUACAAAGGCUACUUCAGGCACUGGUUCCACAGCUGGCACAACAUCUUCAUCUGGGAAUAGUGGGACAGAUAGCACUACCCAGCUGCUAACUAAACCUCGGCUGCAGGAACUGGUUCGUGAAAUAGACCCUACAGAGCAGCUGGACGAGGAGGUGGAAGAGCUGUUGUUACAAAUAGCGGACGAUUUUGUGGAAAACACGGUAAAUGCGGCUUGCCUGUUAGCCAAACAUCGGAAGGUCCCGAAGGUAGAAGUACGUGAUGUACAGUUGCAUCUAGAACGCAACUGGAACAUGUGGAUUCCUGGCUUUGGUACGGAUGAAUUAAGACCGUAUAAGAGAGCGACCGUGACCGAAGCCCACAAACAACGAUUGGCACUAAUAAGGAAAGCCAUAAAAAAAUAUUAGCAUAUGCACAUGGUAGCGAUAAUGGUACUCUAGCAAUAAUAAUCAUACAAAAUAUGAAAACACUAAGUAACAAAAAUAAAUAAUAUACCAGCUUGAAUAC